CCGAAUCACAUUGAACUCUUUAUAUAUUUUCUUUAAUCUUCUAAGAUCUGGAGAAAAAUGGCUCAGCGUUACUGCUUAUCCUCCCUCUUAGUACUUGCAUUUCUCAAUUUAUUUGCCAUUUAUGGAAGCAUAACUGGUGCCACUGCACGCCACCUUCUAGAGACUCCCCUCCCUGAGAUUCCUAAACAAGAACUUCCGAAAGUUCCAACCUUGCCAAAGCCCGAGCUACCAAUUGUCCCAAAACCCGAGUUACCAGCUUUGUCAAAGCCUGAGCUACCAGCUGCCCCAAAGCCCAAGUUACCGACAUUGCCAAAGCCUGAAAUGCCAAAUGUACCAAAACCCGAGCUUCCUGCUAUGCCGAAGCCUGAGAUUCCAGCAAUGCCGAAACCUGCGUUUCCUCCCUUGAAAAAGCCAGAAAUUCCAGCAGUGCCGAAGAAUGAGGUUCCACCAACUAUGAAAAAGCCUGAAGUUCCAGCUGUGCCAAAGCCUGAGAUUCCGACAAUACUAAAGCCAGAAAUUCCAGAACUACCAAAGCCAAAAGUCCCAGAGCUUCCAAAGGUAGAAGCCCCAGUUCUCCCAAAGCCUGAGAUCCCGGCUGUGCCAAAGCCGGAGAUUCCAGAACUAUCAAAGCCAAAAGUCCCAGAGCUUCCAAAGCUAGAAGUCCCAGCUGUGCCAAAGCUUGGGAUCCCGGCUAUGCCAAAGCCGGAAAUUCCAGAAUUACCAAAGCCAAAAGUCCCGGAGCUUCCAAAGCUAGAAGUCCCAGUUGUAUCAAAGCCUGAGAUCCCGGCUAUGCCAAAGCCAGAAAUUCCAGAAUUACCAAAGCCAAAAGUCCCAGAGCUUCCAAAGCCAGAAAUCCCGGAACUACCCAAACCAACUUUUCCUUCAUUUUCUCCACCACACAAACCCUCUACUCCUUGAGUAAAUUAUAUGCUACUGUCUCUCCAUUACAAAGUACCCAACUGAUGUUUUGGAAUUUCCAUCUCAGUCUAUGAAGUUUGCAGCAUAUGGGCGAUGACAUGGAGAUGUUUGGCAGAACACAUUGGAUAUUCUCUACUAGGAGUAGAAAUUGUAAUUCUUUUAUAGUAUUUGAAUUGGAUGUACCAUGUUUGACUUUUUAUUAUGGUAUAUGAGUGUUUUAUAUGCUUUCUAUAUAUACAGUGUAAUAAAGCUAAUGAUCUAUACUACUUUGCUUUAGUUUCUAUCAUUA